AUGUGGGGGUACAAAAAGUCAUGUAUCACCACACUCUCACUAUGGUCGUCAGGCACUGCCAGAAGAGCAGGAGUAGCCAUCCUCAUCAAUCCGUAUGGAGCGGUGAAGGACCUGAAGGCAUGGGGGGAAGAGCACUGGACGGAGCAUCUAGUGAUGGCCACAGGAGAAAUACAAGGGAAGCGGCAUCUCUUCGUCAACGUGUAUGCUCCGUCUCACGGACCCACAAGGACGCUUUUCUUCAACAGGCUCCGGGGGAUAGAGCUGCCGAAGGAACAUACCGUCACAUGUGGAGGGGAUUUUAACUGCGUAACGAUGACAGAGGUAGACAGAAGCGGAAAAAAUGGGACAGAAGAUGCGGGGGCUAGGACACUACGUCUCUUCUUGCAGGACAACGCGCUAGUGGACACAGGAGAAAGCAACAUGCCAGAGGCAAUAACGGACAUCGAGGUGGACACGUACGCCCGAACACACCACACAUACGCUUAUACUACAGCGGACGGAUUGAAGAGAACUUCGCGCUUAGACAGAUGGUACAUCAGUGGACACGAAUGGAAACAAGUACGUGGAGUAACCACGGAUGAGGGUAUAUGCGACUCUGAUCACAGGGGAGUCUUGCUGGAGAUGCACUAUCCAAACGGAGCAGUCAGGGUCAAAAAGAGGGAGACAGUAUAUCCCCCACCGAUGUACGUGCAGGCGGCAACAAAAGACAUGAUAGAGAAGAGAUUAACGAACUGGGGGGCCGGACUAGACGACAUCAGCCCAAGUACAUGGGCUUUGGAAUGGGAUCGCUUCAAAGAACGAGUAAAGAAGGAGAUGGCGCAACUUAAGCAACACGCACGAAGAAGGACGACCAAAGGAUGCAGACAAAGAAUAAGCAGGCUGAAGCGGAAGCUGGCAGCAGGAAGGAACGGAACCGGAGAAGACAGAAAGCAGCGAGAAGAAUGGAUAGCGGAGCUGAAACAGGUACAAUCUCAACGCAGAGCCCUCAAACGGCGAGGCCUCAUCAACAAAGGAGCAUGGACGUCGAAAACGUCAACCAAAUACUUCUUCAGCAGGAUCUGCACCAAGUACGGAGACAAUAUCAUCCCGGCGCUCAAGGCCGCCGACGGAGCACCCAGGCGCGGGGCACACAUGACAAGGCUGAAACAUUGGCAGACUGCUGGGAGAGCAUCUUCAACGGGAAGGCAGAAGACGAGGGGGGUGCUCAAGACUUCAUACGCAAAUGCAGACAAACCUGGGAGAAGAUAG